AUGAACAAGACUGCCGAACAACUGGAAAAGGAAGUAUGCGCUUCUGAUGGUUUAUUCAAGGCAUUGACUUCUACGUUUAUGAAAAUUAACUGUGUUUUCAUUUGUUCAAUCAUAUUGAUCAGCUAUUUAUUCUCUUACAAAGCAUUGAGAAUUCUCUGGAAUCACAAUAUUUUCUCCAAUUGCACCAGACUAAUUUUCUUCAUUGGAUCUAUCAACUCAAUUAUUCAUCAGACGACGAUGAUGGAGAUCCGGAUCCGUCAAAUAAACCGAAGUAUUGUCACUGAAAUUGAUCACUGUGGUAUCCUUUUCCAUUCUCCAGAGUGCGCCGUUGAUUUGUAUUUCUACUAUAUCACAAACUUUUUCACAACUUAUUCCGUGUUUUCUCUGACACUCGAUCGAUUGAUUGCGUGGAAAUUUUCAUCUGUUUAUCUGAAAUAUCAGUAUACCAUAGCCAUCAUUCUCCUCACAAUACAACUUAUUUUCGCAGUUGGAACUUAUUUCUUUGGUUUUCUCGGGGUUCCAUUGGCUGGAUAUGUUCCAAUGUGCACAUAUCCACCUCGAUUGGCGUCCGAUUUCGAUGCAAUCAACAUAAUUCGAACAGUUGUCAUGGUGUUUUCUAUUAUUGUCUUAUUAAUCAUUUUCCGAUCAAAUGUAAAGACCGAGAAAAAAGUUCAUCAACACAGCUUCAAUACGAAAACUCGUUACACUGCAUUCGAGAACAUGACAACCUCAAAGUCUGUUUGCACAUUGAUUAUUAUCCAGUUUCUAUGCAUUUCAAUUUCAUCGUUCGGAGUAACUUUGAUUCGAAAAGUGGAAUCUUUCAUGUCGGAAGAAGUAUAUCAUACAAUUGUUCCAUUCCUGCCGGGAGUUACUUAUGCAAAUUUAUGUCUACCAGUUAUCGUUUAUUACAAAACUAAACAAACAAUUCGUCGAAGAAAGGAAGCAAUUGAUAAGAUGACGUCAGCUCCAGGAGACGUCGAAUCUCAUAUGAAGUGGCUCAAUGAGACGUGGACUAAAUAA